CAUGUAACCAAUCCCUGAAGAUUAAGCCAGGAAAAAUACUAUGAUUGUUCAGAGGGAAGGUUUCCGUAACAGUGUAACCUUUUAUAUGACUACGAAGGGAUCCAAAAAUGUCGACCAGUAGCACUCUAAGUAACUAUUAUGUGGACUCUAUAAUGGGGCAUGAAGUGGAGGAUGUGUACGGGGCGCGUUUUAUCCAGGGUCCGCACACUACGACCUCAAGGCCAUCAGGUGUUGGGGACAAUGCAGAUUUUUCCUCCUGCAGUUUUGCACCCAAGUCAGCCGUUUUCCCAGGGUCUUGGUCCUCUGUUCACACGCAGUCCACUGCCGCAGUGUCAGGGAUUUACCAUCCUUACGUCCACCAGUCCCAUCUCUCCGCAGCAGACAGCAGAUAUGUUCGGUCCUGGAUAGACCCAAUUUCUAACGUUUCUUUCUCCGGGUUUCACUCUAACAGUCGGCAUUAUGGAACCAAGCCCGAAAGUUUACCACCGAAAAGGACUGAGAGUGCCACUUUUGAGACAGAGACUCCGGUGGUCGACCCUGGCCCUGAUUACGCAUGUGGAGUAUCCGAAUGCCCAGAAAAAGUAACCAAAGAGAGCGUUGGCAGUGAUAUGUCGAGUCACAGCGAGCCUAAAGAAGAGAAGCAACAACAACAACAACUUGACCCAAACAACCCUGCAGCAAACUGGAUUCAUGCACGUUCAACAAGGAAGAAGCGAUGUCCAUACACAAAAUAUCAGACACUAGAACUGGAAAAAGAAUUCCUCUUCAACAUGUAUUUGACACGAGAUCGACGAUACGAAGUUGCUCGAAUUCUCAAUUUAACUGAAAGGCAGGUCAAAAUCUGGUUCCAGAACAGAAGAAUGAAAAUGAAAAAGAUGAACAGAGAGAGAGGCAGUAAGGAUCACUUAUAACUAGACUGGGUGUAGUCCCUCGCCUUUUGAUGUAUCAUAUUGUUGUGAUUACUUAGAAUAAAACCUUGGUUGGAGCUUAAGCUAUGCAUUUUUGUGUUGAUGUACCAAAUGGAAAGGUUGACUCAACAUGCCCGGAAAUAUGCUGUCUUUCUUUUUUGUUUUAAUCAAAGUAAUGUUGAGUCUUAAACGAAUUACUCCAUUGAUUAACCCGAGCUCGAGUAUUUAUGCCCAAAAUGAGACCAGGGAAUAAUAUGCUUGCGUAUAUAGUUUUCUUAGUCGUGUAGCCUUUUAGAAAAAAUCGAAUGUUUUAAGAAGUUGCAUUUAUGCUUAUAUUUCGGUGAA